AUGAUUCGGGAAUUUGUUAUAUUAGUAUCCUUCGUGGUCGGAACUAAAGCUGUCACGUGUGAAUCACCCUAUCAUUCGGCGGCAACGUUCUCAACCACCGAUGCCUUCUUUCACUCAAGCACAACUUAUAUUAUUGAAUUUAAUUUGCAGUGCUCCAAUAAUGUCAAAGACAUGGCCGUUUAUGGUAUCGUCAAUGGGAAAAUAUACCAGGCUGCUGUUUCUGAAGAAACGUCAAAACAUCAGGUAUCCUGGCAGUUGGAACAUGAAGAAUCGGCUGCUCAGACGUUUGAUGUUGUGAUUUACGAUGAAGAUGGUUUAACAUCAUAUCGCAAAGCGGAACGGAACCAUGAUGAUACCUCUAAAGUGAAAUCACUCUUCACAGUUCAGUUAAAACAUCCUGGUGUUUCGAAAUCAUCUCCAGUUGCAUCAGAAACGGUUGUUACGGCUUUCGCUCUGAUUGCUUUAUAUAUUGGUUAUCACUUUAAGAGUCAGUUGAUGGCUUAA